CGCACAAUGAGCAAACAACAACCGCGUCAUCACUGACACAGCCUUGUUGAUAUACAAAGAACAGAUGCGCGCCAUACUUUCCUCACGCGAUUGACCUACUUCCUCUCCACGUCACCAAUGACUUCUCCGUCAGCCUCAGCCGCAGGUGGCUUCUUCCGUCCAUCCGUCUUAUCUCCUCCGCCUUCGUCAAGCACGGCUACUUCCGCUUUACCUCACCCGCGUUCAAAGCCGCUCAAGACCGGCGGUAACAAAGAAUCAGCCUUCAUACGUUACGUCGAUGAGCGUAUCCGGCAAAUACAAAGGCGCUUUGCAAAACGCGGGACUGGAGGCACCGUCACUGGCGAUGUAAAAGGCUAUGACAACUUUGCGGACGCGAGUAAAGAAGUAGACCAGUUGGUGGACGUGGUUUGGGUGUCUGGCACGCCUAGCCUCCAAAUUGCCUACCUCAUCUCCCUCGCGUUACUCAUAAACGACUUUAUGGCUGGGUUCUCACCGAUGCCUAAAGCCCUUUUCCGGAUAUUGGACAAAUUAGAUCAUGCAUUCGCGUCGCUGCUUCAAGGUAGAGAUACCGAGACUGGGGAAGAGUUGCCCGGCUUCGAAGGAGGUAGAACGGUUAACGCCACGGAGAAAGUGAGGAUUUACAGCAUGGUGCAAAAUGCCAGGAUACAAGUGGUAGAUGUCAUGGCAAAGUAUGACCCUUUGGCCCACGCCGAGGAAAAUGAGACGGAAAGCGAGAUGACAGAGGUAAUGGACACCGAUGUUGACGAAGAAUUUGGUCUCGAUGAUAUGGAGGGUGCCUGGGAUAUGCAGGUCGCGAAGGUGUAUGACAGAACAGUGGUGGAGCUGGGUGAUUCUAUAGGUAUGCGGACUGAGAAUCCGCUGAACGCGAAUGCCAGCGCAUCUUAAUAUGCUGAGAAUUUCAAUAAACCAAGCUUACGGG